UGUGCAGUACGCGAGCCUGGAUACCGGCCAGGAAGGACUGGUUUGAACAGCGCCGAGUUUCACUUCGACGUGGACCGCGUGGACAUGGAAGAGGAGCGGCCUCCCAUGUGGGGGUGGAGGAAGAUCCUGGCGGUGAGCGUCCUGGCUGUGCUACUGCUGGUGUCCGCCUUUCUCGGGGGCUACUUCCACGGGCUGCACUCGGCCAGGGGCAACCGGGAUGCGGCGGCUAACAUUUCCCAGGAGUUGUUUGACUCCGGAUGGCAGCGACUGCCGUGCAUAGGAGAAGACGAGACCUGUCCAGAAGGGUUCGGCGAGGCACCGCUGGUGCUCAUCUCCCUGGAUGGCUUUCGGGCCGACUACCUGGACCGGGGCCGCAACCCUUCUUUGGAGCGGCUAGGCCAGUGCGGCGUGCGGGCUCCCUUCAUGCGGCCCGUCUUCCCCACCAAGACGUUCCCUAACCAUUUCACCAUCGUAACGGGCCUGUGGCCGGAGUCCCAUGGCAUCGUGGACAACAAGAUGUACGACCCGGAAUUCAAGACACUCUUCUCGCUGGGCAACAAGGAGGCGGGCAAAUCCCGUUGGUAGCAGGCGGAACCGAUUUGGGUGACCACGGAGAAGCAGGGCAAGCAAGCCGCCACCUUCUUUUGGCCGGGCUCGG